AUGCCACGCCCACCAGCACGACGAGCUCGUACCGUGCGGCAGGCGCCGGAAAAGGGCUCUAUCAAAGCGGUCGGGAGGAAACCAAACACAACAGAGGAUGAAUCGCAAGCCAAUAUCGCAACGCCUCGACGAGGCCGGGACGAACGCAAUAAUGAUACCCAGGUCGGCGCUGACCUAACACCGACGAGAGACCUCAAUGAAAAUGUCAUUGCUUCCUCGCCAGCGGAGAACACCACUACGACCAGUAUUCGACCUCCGACUCGAGCACGUGGCUACUCCUCUACGUUAUCCUUGGUUGGUCGAAAGGGGGAUUUCAAUUCACGAAUCGGCAGCACCCCUGGCUUUGAAAGCUCUAUUUUGAGCAAUUUCAAGAAGCGAUCGAGACAGCCAAGUUUGCUUCAGAUGAUGCAAGCAGAUGACGAGGACUCGUCGGAUUUCGACGAUGACGAUUUUCUGGGUGGUUUCAGUCCGCAGGACGAGUCGACACCAUUGAAUGUUGCUAGAGUGUCGAAUGCUGCGGAGAGGCAGUUGGCAGUCUCUCCAUCGCGUCCUCCGCUAGGCGUUGCGUCGCCGUCAUCUACCGAGUCCAGGAAGAGAAAGCGUCAAUCGGCAACUGUCAACGACGAGCACGUCGAACAAGCCUCGCCCUUGUCGAGAAGUAGUUCAGUGUCAACACUUACACCGGCUCCGGAAUCUCCAAUAGCUGGAAUGAGCGAUGAACUUCCCAGUUUUACUAUGGCUACACCUAUGAGCAGUUCUACAGCAAGUCCCGUACGGUUGAUGACGGUCGAAAGGCAGACUGCUACAACAACAACAGAUAAAAACGAGACAGCACCGCCUUUACCAAAAGUGACUACACUCAGCCUACAAACUAGAUUUCUUCCACAACGUCGAACCCGUCGUCGUCAGCAAGCAGAUGACAGCGAUGAUGAAGAAGACAUUGACCCGGCCAAUGAAGACUCGGAUGAAGACGAAUUAGCCCGGGAAGUCAGGAAGAGACCGCAACGAUCACGAAGGAAGGGACUAUCGACCGCGUCAUCCGAGAAAACCAAUGCGAAACUUGGCAAGCCAAGUCGAAGGGGCAAGAAGAACCUGGCUACAGGCAAGGCUGUUGAUACUCAAGGCAACAAGUCGCAACGCACAUACUCUCGUCAAGCCGCGGACAAAGAGAACAACUAUCUCUCUGAUGACUCCUCUGUUCUCUCUUCACCACCACCAUCUGAGGACUUGAAUGACUCAGAACUUGAUCUGCCAUCGCACGCCUCGAAGAAGAGGGUAGACAAUCGCGAAUUACAGGCCGCAGCGCUCAAGUUUGCAGAGGUGGAUCAAUGGGAGAUGGAGUUUGAGGAUGUUUCCUAUACUGAGAGCAGUCCUAUGCGAUGA